AACCAACUAAAUAUUAAUAACUGAUUAUGUUGUAGUCACUCUAAAAUACCCUGGGUUCUUUACUAAAUUUUAAAGAACCCUUUAUGCCAAAAAGUUUCUAUAUAAGGAGAUUUGACUUAAAUGACUGCAUAAUACGUUUCAUGUUAACUUUUUUCUAGUGAUAAAGUAUGUUUGUUAAGCUGUUCAUAAAAUUUAAAAAAACAAAUUAAUUUGAUUCAAAGAGUUGUAUGACUGAAAUUGCCGCCGUGUGAAAUGACUACAUCUACUAUUUAAAACUGCAUUUUGCUAAUUCUAAGCAUUCUCUCAAACAUUUAUUUUGAAUAUUAAGUGGUAAUGAACUGAGCGGGAAUGAUUUAUUGCUUCAUUUAUUCAUUUAAUUAUUGCUGGGGUCAAACUGCUACUUAAAAGUUACAUAACAGAAAGGUAGCCUACAUACUUGACUAAACCCGGCUGAAGCUUCAAUAACACAUUUUUACUGGAUUUUAAUAUGAGGUCAGAUGAAUUUUUAGGAAAGAAUGGGUUAAAUUCGAAUUUACCGUUAUUAAUUUUACUCCAACACCAUUGAGGAUGUGGAAACAAAUCUCAACAGAACGUGGGCUGGCUAAUGUGGGAAGAUGUGUUGUAUUAUUCCGUAUUGACGCAUAGGCGGCGCUGUUUCUUUGUGUUUUUGUCCACCGAACGCACAGUGGGAGUGUUCCGUCUCAUUCAAGGGUUCCUUCUCCAACGCUGCUGUCAUUUACAAGCAGAAAAGACACAAAGAAAGACGACUGAUGACAGUGUAGAUCUGAGUGCGUGAUAGUGCUGGAUGUGUGUCGCUCUGUGUUCAUGCUGUUGGCGGAUCGUCUCAUCGGAUCUCUAGCGCAGGUGGAUCAUUUACCGCAUUGAUCAGCUGAGCCUCGAAAAUCAGCAUCAGCAUCAGUCGGUCUGAGCAUUUGCUAAGUGGACAGAUCCGUAAUCAAGCUCCUUGUCUGGAUCUCUGCCAGCGCUCUCUUCCUGCUCCCCUGUCCCUGGAUCCUGACCUCAGGCUGAAUAAUUCCGGCAUCACCCCAGAUUGGAUCUUUGAAACGUGGGACCCUGUCCAGAUCCCCCAGAGCCCCUCCGGGCCCACGGGCAUAGCGGCACUUUAGGACUGUCUGCUAGUCAUGAGUGAAUUCUGGUUGUGCUUCAACUGCUGUAUCGCCGAGCAGCCGCAGCCGAAGAGGCGGAGACGUAUAGAUCGAAGUAUGAUCGGCGAGCCAACCAAUUUUGUCCACACGGCCCACGUAGGAUCCGGAGAUAUCUUCAGUGGCAUAAACUCUGUGAACUCAAUCCAGAACCAAAUGCAGUCAAAAGGAGGGUAUGGAGGAGAGGCCAUGUCUGUUAACGUACAGCUGGUGGAUACAAAAGCAGGAUAAUGCGAGUUGUUGGCAGGGGUUCUGUGAUGAGUUAUUUCUGCUCACUGGUUCCCCUCCAGCAUCUCUCCAUGUUCCCUCGGCGGCAACUUCUCACCUCAUUCUUACCCAGCAAACAAAUGGACAGUUGUGCACUCCAUGGUAAAGAGGUCGUCCUGCCCAUCGGACAGCAGGACACCACAGCGCUUCAGUGUUGUGUCCGCUACAGCUUCAUAAACUACGCUCGCAUGCCCCUCGAUGCCCACCAGCCUAGAACUGCGAAGUGUGUCCCUGUUUUCUUCUGUGGUUUACCAUAAACUGUUGCUUUCUCAUUACUCACAUUUGUGGGUCUGGAACCAAUAAGAACACUUGUUUUGGGUUUGCUCAUAUUGCCAUGAAAAGACUGGUUUUUAUUUGUGGAUUAAUCAUCAGCGCGGAGCCGACAACAAUGUUUGUAUAAGAAAGUGGCUGUACCUGCAGUCAUGUGGUGCCAAACUGAUCAGUGCAACGGAAAGAUAAGAAGUACUUUGUGUUUUAACAUGAACACAACAAAUGCCAUUUAUUAGGAAAUGUGAUUGUUACUUUGCUGUUUACAUUGUUCCAAUUUGCAUUUCUUGUUUUUUUUUCUGUUCUCACUGUAAUGAUUUUUGGGAUUAGAAUUAUAACUGAUGUUGAAAGGCAUGAGUGGCAUUUCACCCUCUGCUCUGCUGUCUGCUGUGUCCACGUCAACGUCCGUAACUUGAUGUAAAGCUAUAGAUAGUGUUCAGAUAAAAUGUAUAAAAAAACAAUUUUGUUUAGUUCUAGUGCUCUCUAUGGAUGUAGCUACAGUUACAGGGUCAUUUCAAUAAAUAAGGUAAGAAGACCUGUGACGUGAAAUUUACUCAGCUCAGGAAACAUCAGCGGCACUUAUCGACCAUAGCGUCCAGUUUGAAGAUGACCGGACUCAUGAUAGAUCAUGAUUAAACCUUGAGAUGCACAAUAAGAUCCUUUUCUGUGUAUAAAAGUAAUGAGACUCUUAAGGGAACCCAGUGAUGGAAAACAUGUGAUAUGGGAGGAAAAAAUCUUUAUUUCAAUGAUUUCGCGUUCGCUCGCAAAUGUUUUGCGUUUCCCCAAGAAGCUCUGCGUUGAACGCAAAACUGAUGAUGGGAAUGAUAAUAGAUUUGAGCAAAGUUUCUUUGGGAAAUGCAAAAGCAUUGACAGAAUUUUUCCUCUCAUGCCAUUUUUUUUUACCCUUAGUGGUUCACAACACCCGCUGAAAAUUUUCACCUGCUUGUAGAGGUCAUUCACUUGAUCCAACCGAAGUAUUAUGGAAAUAUUAAAUGGGUACCUUAUUUACUGAAAGGCCUUCAUAUUGCAAAGUCACGGACUGAAUUCUGGGGCCGUUCCACUCUCUCUCGCCUACUAGUAUAGUUUUAAUCAAACAUUGUUCUAGAUUGUAGAAAAUAUAUUUUCCUUUUGAAAGACACUGGCUGCGUCUGAAAAUUUAGGCAGCUGAUUCGUUGCUUCACCUCCCUGUCAGGCAAUGACUUUGUAGGACGAAUUUGCACAUGAAGGAACCUCAUAAAACUGUUUUCAGCAGAUUUUUGAGGCAGCGCAAUGGUUUAAUGAUCUGCAAGAAAAUAAAGCGAGCUUUGGUGAGAACUGAGCGAAUACUUCUACUAAUUACUAAUUUCUCGCUAGAAAUGACAUCAAGUGGAAAAUGGUUAAAAACAUACAUGUAAACAAAUGGACCACCAACUGCAACUUUCAGAUGCCAUGUUUAUUCUUUUUUUAGCUCAUUUAGCUAAUUGAACAAACAGGAUUGUGGGAUAUCAAAGGCAGUGAAGGAUGCCUAAAUCAAUCAGUUGAUGAUCAGAUGAAGGUAUCUCAUAAGACAGGAAGUGAAGCACUCACUGGAUUGGGAUGUGUCUUGAUGCCUUACUCCCUUGGCAGCAUUUUUAAGCUUUCGGCCGCAGCCUCUGUUACAUUCUCUUAAAAAACGCUGUGUUGAAUCUCAUGAAACCUGUCAAGAACAAGUCGUAGGACAAAAUUAUAUUUUACAUAAAAAAAUUAAGUCAUUUUUUGGGACUUUUUUUGCAUUGUGAUUUAGUAACCUCCAUAAAUCUCAUUACUAUAGUCGGGAAAAAAAUAUGAUUUGAUUAGGAAAAAUAUUGCUCAUGCUUACAUGAUGAAAAUAAUGAUACGGUGCAUAUAUAUUCUUUUAAUUUUGAGGUAAAUGUGAACUUGACCUGUACAUGUUUUUGUGAGAUUCAUCUCGUGGCUGUUUUUUUAAGAUUAAACAGGGAGUUUAAUUAGAUUUUCAGCUGAUUUCAGCCAAUUAGUCCAGCCAGUUGUGGGUUACCAUACAGUGAACAGUACGCAUUAAGUCUUCUGAAACCUAAUUAACCAGUAUUGCCAAUGCUAUGACAAAAGCAAACUUUGCAAUGGUAUAAGACAAAAACUGAAUUAUCUUAAGUACACUGGGUAUCUCUCUAUGACCCAGUUUGGUGUGGUUUAUGAAUCCUUUUAGUUGUUUGGUAUUUUGUGCAAUUUAAGGCCUGCUGUGUCAUUGUGAAUAUAUUUGCCAGAUGAAAUGUCGAACCUUGAAAUAUUGGCUUUGAGAAAGUCAAAAGAUAAUGUAUUUGAGAUUUUUAAAUGCAAGUAAAUUCCCAUGUAGGUUUUAACAUGGAAUGCUAAAUGUAUCGGUCCCUGUUAACUGUUGUUGUUUUAUCAAGUGCUAUAUGUUUGUAUAUAUAUCUGCACUCGGUUUGUCAUAACCCUCCCUUAAAUUAUUGUCCCUGUUUUGCUGCUGUGUUUUCUUGGCAUGUCCGUCUUAGGGCGUUACGCUGCCUCAGAGAGCUCUGUCAGUCCAUUGACUUCAAUGUGGAUGAUGAGCUUUAUGGGUGUAGAGGAAAAACCCGAGAGUAUGCAAAAGUGACGUGCAUCAAACCGUCAUGUUUUGAACCUUUGCUGCAAAACAAACUCACUGUAUUCCUGCUUGAUUUUAAACCGACCCGAGUCUUUCCACACCUUUAAAAUACAUAUUUGUCAAAUGCUCAGAGCUUUCUCUGGUGUGCAACCCUAAGCCAUCAGCCAUCUUGGCACUUUUUCUUAGUCAUUUGGGGCCUUGUUCAUGAAAAACAAGCAUGUUUUAUCUAAACUGAAUUUCUGAUGUAAGUUAGUUUAACAAAUGAUUUGAAGAUAUUCGCCGUGUUUCAUGAAUAAGGCCUGUAUUGUGUACUGGACUGAAAUGGUACUGAUGGCAGAAAUUAAAGCGGAUAUGUGAUGGGAUGAUGAAGACAUUGAGAAGCCCAUCUAGUUAGAUUGGUGAUUUUGUUUUAUUGCAACAUUAUUUAAAGUGUGGCCAAAGUGUUGUUAACCAAGAGGCAAUACAUGACAAUAAAUCUCUGCCUUUGUUUUACCAUAGAUGAAUUUCAGCAUCAGGGAAACAAGCUCAGCUUUCUCAAUAUCAGAUGUCAAACUUCUUUUUUUUUUUUCUUUUUUUUUUUGGUACCCAUGUUAUUUUACAUUGUGUGUCAACUGGUAGAUUACCUGAUGUGUUCUGUUGAAAUAAAUAUUUUUUACAUGCAAUACGUGCACUAA